AUGGGAGGGCAAGGGCGAGGCCGGCGCCUGACGGACCGCGAGCGGCUAGAGAUCGCCGAGUUCGCGCGGCUGCAUCCGCAGGUGAAGCACGUGGAGCUGGCGGCCGCGUACCGCGUGAACGAGUCGACGAUCCGCAAGUGGCGGCGGAAGAGCAACGUCACCAAAACGGAGCGCGCGCGGCAGUUCGACGUGCAGUUGUACGAAUGGAUCUGCGCCGCCCGCAGCAGAGGGGUGAAGCUGAGGCCGAUUCAAGUGCGGGACAAGGCGAGGGCGCUGGCGGCGAACUUUGAGCACAUGGAGAACUUCAAGGCCUCGUCCGGAUGGUACUAUCGCUACUGCGGGAGGUUCAACUUGACGCUGAAUGCAUCAGUCGCAACGGUUCAAGAUGGAGAUAGAGCUAAUAGUACCAGCAGGAAUGGUGCUGGUUCGGGUGGAGAGCGACUGGAGAAGUCGUGCCAGGCUGCCAUUGCUCAAUUUUUGCAUCACCACGCCGCGCUACUGACUCGAGCAAGUCGCAUGCGAUUCAUUAAGCAUUUGGCUGACGGGCCUGAAGAGCUGAAGGCAUUUACGCGCAUGACGACUGAUGCCCGCGUGCAAUACGCAAAGUCCUUCGCUGGGGACUCGAAGACGCUGGCAGAUAUUGGCGCUAGGCAGUUGUGCUCGCAGACUCUGGGGUAA